UGUGUCCCUGUGAUGAGUGUGCACACUGAAAGAGGAGGUCUCCUCAGGCAAAGUCUCUCCACCCUUUUUUUUUCUCCUCGGCGCAUUUACUCGACCAACUUCAUCCGCCUCCUGCUUCCUACAAGCCCGCUGAAGAUCCAGUAUUUACCGGAUCCACCUCCACCACCACCGGGGACCACUCCUCCGCCACUUCUCUCUCAGUUGCUCUGCGGGAAUCUGCCUCGAAUCCUCCGGCUGCUCCGAACCAGAAGUGCCAACCACAGGAAUUGGCGUGUGCGCGCGUGAGCGUGUGUGUGUGUUUGUGUGUGUGUGCUCGCUUGUGUGUGUGUGUGUGUGUGUGUUAGUUUGUGUGUGCAGCUCCGGAGGCCUCCACGUCUGUAACCAUGUAUCAGGCGGUGAGGAAGAUGUUUUUCACGGACUGUCGCUGUGCAGAUGAGUCGAGCUCGUACGAGGCUCUGUUCUCCAAACUGGACACGAACAAGGAUGGGAAGGUGGAUGUGUCCGAGCUGAAGGCAGGACUGGCCGCCAUGGGCAUCAAGACUGGGAGAGGAGCAGCCCAGAAAAUAGUUUCUUCAGGAGACAAAGACAGCGAUGAAGGGCUCGACUUCAGCGAGUUUUCCAAGUACCUAAAGGAUCACGAGAAGAAAUUGCGGCUGACCUUCAAGAGCUUGGACAAAAACAACGAUGGUCGAAUUGACUACUUGGAGAUUAAGCAAUCCCUGGCGGAUCUGGGAAUGGAUAUCAGCAGGGUGGAAGCAGAGAAGAUCCUCCAGAGUAUCGACGUGGAUGGCACCAUGACUGUGGACUGGAAUGAGUGGAGGGAGCACUUCCUGUUUAACCCAGCCACCAACCUGCAGGAGAUUAUCCGCUACUGGAAGCACUCGACGGUGCUGGACAUUGGGGACAGUCUCUCCAUCCCAGACGAGUUCACAGAGGAGGAGAAGACCACUGGGAUUUGGUGGAAGCAGCUGUCGGCAGGAGCGAUGGCGGGCGCUGUGUCCCGUACAGGAACCGCCCCGCUGGACAGAAUGAAGGUCUUCAUGCAGGUGCAUUCUUCUAAGAGCAAUAAAAUCAGCCUGGUUGGUGGUUUCAAGCAAAUGUUGAAAGAAGGAGGCUUGACGUCUCUGUGGAGAGGAAACGGUAUCAAUGUCCUGAAGAUUGCCCCGGAGACGGCCAUUAAAUUCAUGGCCUACGAGCAGUUUAAGAAGCUGCUGUCCAGUGAACCGGGGAAGGUCCGGACCCACGAGAGGUUCAUGGCUGGAUCACUGGCUGGAGCCACGGCACAAACAGCCAUCUACCCCAUGGAGGUGAUGAAAACCCGCCUGACGCUGAGGAAGACGGGACAGUACUCAGGGAUGUUUGACUGUGGCAAGAAAAUCUUGAAAAAGGAGGGAGUGAAAGCAUUUUACAAAGGCUACGUCCCUAAUAUUAUUGGCAUCAUUCCCUACGCUGGAAUCGAUCUGGCGGUGUACGAGAGCUUGAAGAACUUCUGGCUGUCCCGCUACGCCAAAGACUCAGCCAACCCGGGUAUUCUGGUGCUGCUCGGCUGUGGAACCAUAUCCAGCACAUGUGGCCAGUUAGCCAGCUACCCUCUGGCUCUGAUCCGCACCAGGAUGCAGGCACAAGCCUCUGUGGAGGGCUCCGAGCAGCUGCCGAUGAACCUCAUGGUGAAGAAGAUUGUGGAAAGGGAAGGCUUCUUUGGACUUUACCGUGGCAUCCUGCCCAAUUUCAUGAAGGUCAUACCGGCCGUCAGCAUCAGCUACGUGGUGUACGAGUACAUGCGGUCCGGCCUCGGAAUUCAGAAGUAGGCAGCAACAGAGUUAACUGUGACGACCAGAGUGAAAAAAGAUGUGCAGCAAUUUUAUUUUAUUUUUUUGAUACAUUUACCUUCUUACAUAUGAGGGACCCUCACUUGUUUACCUGUAGGUCGGCAUCUGAUAUCAUCAUGAGAAGUUUUAAAGUGAUUCCAGAACUGUGCUAAACUAAACUAAGUCGUUUGGAUCCUGCAGCACUCGCUCAGAGCUGAGGAUAAUUACUAUGAUUUCUAUGGUGGUUCCGUUUGUGUGGGUUUUGCUCGGGCUGCGUUUACACUCACAGAUUUAAAGUGCACUGUCUGUCUCAGGCAUAGACUGUAUGUAAAGAUGGACGACACGAUAGCUCCCCAAAACUGAAGCCAAAGCGUCUUGAUCACCCCCUGGUGGCUGGCUGCAGUAUAGGUUAUAAACCCGGCCUCCCUCACGUUAACAGAUGGGACACAGGCCAUUCUAGGAGGUUUAAGUUAAUGUGGGAGUUGUCUGAAAAAGCAGAAGCAGGAGACAACGUCGUAAGUAAAUGUAGUAAUAAGGACGUGUCUUCCAUCUUUAUUACAGUCUACGGUCUCAGGGUCAACUGACUUAACAUCCAAUCAACCUAAUGUGGAUAUUUUACAAAGCACAGACACUUGGAGAGGUUUAUUUUUUUGUCAUUUGGUUUAAUUGUUGGUUUGAGUAGAUGAGGCAAUUAAGUAAUUUUAAGUGUGGGUCCUGUUUCACUUGUUUCUUUUAACGUUUGACCAAAAAGCACCUUAUUGUACCACUCUUUAUCUGAAGCAGUCAGACCAAAUGUUGCGAAGCUUAAUUUACUUGCAGAAAUUCGUCCAGAUUUUGACUUGAGUGUCGGUCUCCAUUUUACAGGAAAAUAUUGUAUUGACCUUUUAUUGAGUUUGGUGAACGGGGGAGAAGAUGUGCCUUAUGAGAUUAGUCUCUGACGUCUGUGAACGUCUCCACCCUCACUUUAUCUUGCCUUUCUUUCCAAUAUUUGGUUAAUUUGACGAUGGUGUUUACAGUAAUAAAAUAUUGGAUGA